AUGGCUACGUUUUCCAGACUUAUCAGGUUCUUGGCAAAAGACGGGCGAACCUAUUAUGGAGAUGCAAUUCUUCCUGACGGAGUGACAGAUAUUGCUAAAGCCAAACAGGCUAAGAUUAUUCGAGGUCAGAUCUUUGGAAAAUAUGAUGUUACAGACCAAGUUGAAGAUAUCCGUCUCCUACUCGCACCACUGGCCCUGGAUGACGCGAAGACUGUGAGAUGCUUGGGACUCAAUUAUGAGCAACAUGCGAAAGAGUCAAACUUACCAAUUCCUAAAUUUCCCGUCCUCUUUUACAAGCCCAUUACCUCUCUUGCGGGCCCAACAGAUCCUAUCCCAGUCCAUCCUUUGGCUCAACAAGGCACUGGACUAGACUAUGAAUGCGAGCUUGUCGCCAUAAUUGGAAAAGCCUGCUCAGACGUUCCCGAAUCCUCUGCACUGGACUACGUAUUAGGAUAUGCAAUCGGAAACGACGUCUCUCACCGAGACUGGCAACUCAAGCACGGCGGCGGUCAAUGGUCCCUCGGGAAGGGUUUCGAUGGCUGGGCCCCGUAUGGUCCAGGUAUCGUGAGCAGCAAGAUUAUCAAAGAUCCUCAGAACCUACAGAUCACGACCAAAUUGAAUGGGAAGACGGUUCAGGAGAGCAGUACGAAAGACAUGAUAUUUGGUAUUGCGAAGACGAUUGCAUUUUUGAGUCAAGGGACCACGUUGUUACCUGGUGAUUUGAUCUUCACUGGAACGCCACAAGGCGUGGGAAUGGGAAGGAAGCCACAGCUUUGGUUGAAAGAUGGCGAUAUCGUGGAGGUUGGAUUAGAGGGUGUAGGGAGUUGCGUGAAUAAGGUUGAGUUUACGAAGCCUAAGUCUAAAUUGUAG